AGAGCGUGUGUCUGUGUGUGUUGGACUCAUCUCCUCGGCCUGGUGGGGUGUGCGCCAUCUUCUGGUCGUUGAAGGAGAGCACAAAGGGCGACCCCGUUCACACAUCGCAUCAUGAGUGGCGGCCACGACAAGGACAAAGAUGCCCAGUUUGCGGCCAUGGGCAUGCCGCCGUUGAUGGGUGCUGCGCACCAGCUGGAGUCUCGCAUCCGAACGCAGGGGCGCUCAACAACAAAGCAGGCAUUCAAGGUUGGCAAAAGCGGGGCCGGGCGAUCUACAAAGGCCUUUCAGACGCGCAUGCAGCGGCCGCUUUCAAAGCAGCUGCGAAAGCGAUCAGCAGCUGCACCUCCACGCCUGCCGUCCAUCCCGCACGCCCCCACGGCGGCCGAGCAACAACAGGCCAACAGCACGCGGCCGCAGAGCUGGAACAAGUACGACCCGCUCGCGCCGCCGCCCUCCCAGCACGAUCGCGCUGCUGUUGACGAUGACACGAGCAAGAAGGCGAAGAUGAUGCCGAAACCACAGCAGCCGCACCAACACCAGGCACAGCACCAACGCGCACACAAGCAGCAGCAGCAGCCCUCCAGCAAGGUUGACAACGGGAGCAGCGCCAACAGGAUUGGUUCCAUGCCGUCACCGUUUGUUGCGCCAACGGUAUACAACGACGAAGCAGGCCCCUUUAUGCAGCGAUUGCGGGCAAACAACGACCAGGAAACUGUUGGCUACGGCGUUGCUGCGGAUCCGAACAACCCGCACUCCAUGUACUGUCUCAAACUCGUCGACCAGACGGCUGAGGGCGUGUUUUCAAACCGCCCGUAUGCCGUCAUCACCAGCGCUGGCAUCGUCAUUCACGCAUCACCAUCAUCAGGGACACGCAGUGAUGCUGACGAUGAUGGUGGUGGUGAUGAUGACCGGAAUCUUUCCGUUGUCGCUGGCGCACGCACGCGUGCACUUGGUCGUGCACACGGUCGUGGUGGCGCCACUACAGAAUUUGUGUCGUUUGAAGAGUACAUACGUGCUGCUCGCAUCACCGCGCGCAUGAUGCACCUGCAUCUCUUCCAGUGGUUUCGCAUGCGCCGUUGCCUGCAGGCAUGGGCCGCCUUUGUCCGCUCCCGCCAACGCAGAUCAACCGCCCUCUCCGUGCAGCGGCAACGGGCAUGCCUGCACAUUUUGCCCACGCCAGUGCUGUUGCUGGCGGAGUUGCGUCAGCGGCUGCUGUCCAUUCAAAACGCAUUUGCUCGCGACGUCACACGUCGAUUGCGCAACACCUUCAAACGUCGGAGCCGCGUGCAAACCAUCCUGCGGCCAACAAGCACACGUCAACAGCAGGGCAAGGAUGGCACCACCACCACCAUCAACAACAACAACAACAACAACAACAACAACAACAACAACAACAACAACAACACUGACAACAGCGCCGCCAUCAAUACAGGCCCCGUCGCAAUCACAAACACCACCACCAGCAGCAGCAACGACAGUAACAACAACAGUGGCAACGGUGCGACACAGCGCGGCGAUGCUGACAGUGCUCCCAGCACCACCAGCCCUACCAGUGGUCGUCGUCGUCGUCGUGGCAUGUCGGCUGCCGUGCGGGCGAUGAUCAGUGCCGAUGACAUGAAGACGAUUGAAGAGCUACAGAGCGUGACGAGCGCCAUCCACGCAUCUUCGUCGCUGCCGUCGUCAGCGGCUGCUGCAGCACUGCGCCGGCGGGAGAACGCCGUGUGGCACAACCUGCAGUCACACGAAUGGGUUGGUGUCCCCUUCCAAGAGGUGCAGCUUGUGCUGGAACAAGCGCUGAUUCAGGUCCAACGUGAAUUGGACGCGCUGGUCGCAACGCUGCCCGUGUGGAAGCAGGCGGCUGUCGAUGCUGUCACAUUUGACAUCCGCAACAGCAGCAGCAACAGCAGCAGCAGCAGCAGUGGUGACGGCACUGGCCGUGUGGCUAACGAGGGCGGUGGCGGCGACGAUGGCACGGAUGCAGCGCCCCGAUGGGAGCUGUCAUCAGACGGCAAUCAUGGUGGUGGUGACGCACGACAACAGCAGCAACGACAACAGCAACGACAACAGCAACAACAGCAGGUGGGCGAUGCCGGCAACGCGACGCUGUUGGAGGCGGCGAUGAAGCGCAACGCGCUGGUCAAGUGCCGGCCGCUGUUCAUGCAUGCGCUGCUGCAGCUGCGCACGUGCGGCGUGGCCAUGGCGCACAUGUUCAACUGCAUCCUGUUUCACAUGCUCGAUCUUGGGUGCAAUUCCACUGCACGUGCACGUGCGUGUGUACGCAACAUCGGUGGUGGUGAUGGUGAUGAUGUUGGUGGUGGUGUUAGUGGUGGUGUUAGUGGUGGUGGCGCAGAUGUGAACGUGAGCAUUCACGACAACAACAGCAUUAACGGUGGCGAUGGUGGCGGUGAUGGUGGCGGUGGCGAUGACACUGGUCUCCGCAGCAACAGCAUGAGCAGUGCGGUUGCUACAGCACGUGGGGGUAGCGCCACAACAGCAGCGCUAUCGCUCCCUCCUGCCUCUCCACUCCCGCCACCACCACCAUCGUCGCCGACCCCAUUGCCAUCGCUUGGACCGCCCGUCAUUGUUGUGUCGUCGGAUCGUGGCAGCGUCUCCACAACAGCAACAACAACCGCGUUUAUGGACACAGACCGGGGCGAGGGUGAUGAGCAUGUCGAUGGUGAUGGUGGGCGUGGUGGCAGCGGUGGGCUCGACCGCAGCCGUGAACGUGCUGAUGGUCGCAAAGCGUCUACUGCUUCAAGCUCUACAGGGGUCACACAGACAUCAGUGCCACGUCAUCAACGCAGCCAGCAGACUCAGCAGCCACACCAACAACAUCAGCAGUACCACCGCCAACAACGGCAUCAAAAACAGCGCGAACAGCAGCAGCAGCCUGUCCCAACAGCUGCAAGCGCCACCGCAAGCACAACUGCAGGCGCCACAGCACACGUCACACCUUCCCCUCAUGAUGCAUCGAUCAAAGCAUCACAACAACAACAACAACAACAACAAGGGGCUGAGUGUGUGCGCACGUUUGCACAGUCUGCAUGUGCGGGCAGCGCCGUGUGGUUCGACAGCACAGACGUGGUGCUGGAGAAGCAGCCAAAGGCCACGCUCGAGCUCGCGUUCAUGUUCACGGAUGCCUGCGAGCAACCAGAGCAAGCGGAACGCAUUCUGGGAUGCCUGCAGGCAGCCGGUGUUCCACUCUGGCUGGUGCGCGGCGGUCUGGUCACCACUGAAGAUGAGCCCGUGGACGACGCAAACGCAAGUACGGUCAGCACGCAGCACGACACCAGCACGGUGUACGGUGGCGAUGACGGUGGAGGUGAUGAGAAUGGGGCGAUGAAGUCGCAGUUCUCCCAACAAGAUGAUCGCGAUGACGAUGAUGAUGAUGACGAUGGUGAUGAUGAUGAUGAUGAUGGUGCCGAUGAUGGUGACAUGGUGCAGGAACAAACUGGCUCCACUUUCAACAACAGGAACAACAACAACAACAACAACAGUAAUAGCAACAACAGCAAUAGCAACAGAGGGGCAUUGGCGGCAGCAACCUCACACGCAAAGGGCAAGAAGCGACGCAAGCGCAUGCGCUGGGAGGAUUUGACAGCAGAAGAGCUGCAACACGUGGACACAAGUGCAGUUGUGGAGGUGGUGCUGGACAUGAUCAAGGCGUCGCCCGCGCUGCAGUGGCGCCGUUCCUUGCAUGAAACCGCCCAGAGCAGACUGCUUGAUGCCCUGGACGCGUGGGUGGAGCAGGUGGCAACCACACUCACACCCGAGGACGUUGUUCGUCGCCCAGCGUCCCAGGUUCACCGUGAGGAGCGGCGGUUGGAGAAGGAGGGCGUGGCCGCGUUCAGCGUGCCUGCAGGCAACCAGCAUGGCAGUGGGCGAAAGGCGCGCGGGGAGCUCUCUGUGAGAUGGAAGGACGAUGACAGCGCCAGUGCCGAUCGUGACGAACACGAGAGCAGCCGCGACAGCAGUGGUGCUGGUGCUGGUGGCAGGCAGUCAAACGCCAGCACGGACACGGGCAACAGCAGGAGCACGCUGGAGCUGCGUCGGAGCAUGAGCGUUCUUGAUGACAGCGAUGAUGACGAGGAGGAAGUGGUGUCACGAAUUGGACCGUUUCUCCGGCCCUCAGCGCUCCUCCGCUCUCUCGGUUUCGUCAGCAGAUCACAAGCCAGGUGGCGCGACGCAAUGAUCGCCAUGGAGUCGGAGGUGAACGCGUUUUUGAUCGAGUGUUUUGCGUUCUGUCAGCUCAAGGCGCAGGUUGUGCUCUUUGCCCACAACUUCGCCGCCGCCAUCACCCCGCACAACUGGAACUUUGCGCUGGACAACUACAAGCGGCUUGCGCGGGCUGUGUACCGCCUACCAGAGCAGGCCAAGCUCACCAGGUGUUCGCUUGUGCUGCGUGAGCUGAAGCGGUCGCUGGUGCACACCGUCACAGCCAUGUCCUCCGACCUCAACCGCCGUCUCAUCCAUCUCUUUGCACGCAUGGUCAACGACCUCUCGCAAUCCAUCACGGAUGUUCUCACGCGACUGAAGCGCACGCCGCACACCAUCGACGACACCAUCCCCUUUUUCGAAAGCGUUUACUUUGCACAGGGCAUUGCGGAGCAGCACACGCUCGACUACCAGGCGUGCCUUGAGAUUCGAAGCGCAUUUAAGAUGGAGGGCAUCGCUGUUCCGCCCGAACUGCAGGCGCAGUACUUCUCCCUCCCCUCCAUGCUGCGCGAGGUGCAGAGCGAGGUGUCCAUCGUCUCCAGCCAGACGGCGCGUUACGCAACCAACCUCAUGUCCGAGUUUCGCGACGUCAUUCUCUCGUGCACGGAGAGUUUGGGCACGCUGGCGCAGCAGGUUGGCGCGAGCUCCCCACUGCAUAGCAUGCCCUCCCUCACCGCAGCCAUUGACUGGCUCGCAUACAGAAAGAAAAACGCCCAAGAACUUCGCCACCAGCUGGACAAGUACCACAAGAUUGAGACGGUGCUGCUGCAAGAGUGCGAUACGCGCCUGUGGGGGCUUGUCAACAUGGGACCGCUCUCCCACAUCACGCUGCAGCCAAUCAAGCAGGCUGACACCAUCCUCGAACAGAUUGAUUUGCUGACAGACUGCUGGCAGCGCAUGCGGGAGUGGGACGCGCGUUUUGAACAAUGGAUGCCGCUUCCGCUUGCGCAGUUGGAUUUGGAGGAGAUGAACGCGUUUGUGUCGUCGUUCCUAAACGCGCUCACACACGCACAACACACGCUCUCCACCACCUUUGCGAAGAUUGCGACAUACACCAACAAGGCUGCAGACGCCUCCUUGCUUCUUGACAUCAGUGAGAUGGUGCGCUCCCCCUGGUUUGGCCAGCGAUAUGUCCGCCGCACAUCUGUCCUCGUUGUCCUCAAUAUAGAUGUCAACAUCACGACAUACGGAUAUCUACACGCCUCAAAGCCCCCACAGCGGGUGGAAGCGUUGGAGGACUUGUUCGUGCAGGCGGAGGAGGAGCAACGACGCGAACAGCAGUGGAAGGAGCUGAACGAGAAGUGGGACUCGAUGGUGCUGCCCAUCAAGCGGCAGGGCAGCACGCUUCUUGGCCGCGACGCGUAUCUUCUUGAAAACGUUUCUGCGCUGCGUGAUGAAAUUGUCCAUGCAGAGAUGGUCCUCCUCAACCUCUCCCGAAGCGAUGCAAGCCCAGAGCUCAAGUCCAAGGCACGCGCGCUGCACGAGAAGAUCACGACGUUUGAGCAGCGGCUGUCGCAGUGGGAGGAUUGCGAGCGGGCGUGGUCGCGUGUGCACGCGCCAAUGACCGCCGGCCUCAAUAACAACUCGGAAGAAUUUGCUCACGCCGUCACCAUCUACAAGUCAACCAUGCGGCAGUGGCGGGCGCUGUGCCAGCUCGGGUACCGCUCCGAACACGUCCUUCGCGACCUGUGCUCGCCCGAGGUUGGGCAGCGCCUGGCGGAAUAUCAUCACCAAUUCCAGGAAUGCUACUCGCUUCUCAUCGCCACUGUCGACGCAUAUUCCGUGACUUGCACGCGCUUGUACAUGCUGACACCGCCAGAGGUGCUGCAGCUGGUUGGGCAGGCGCGCUCCCUACAUUCCAUCAAGCCCCUCAUCUGCAAGUGCUUCUCAGACGUGUCUGACUUGUUGUUAGCGGAGGGCCGCAAGAUUGACGGCCUGCUGGCGCCGUCGGGCGAAACCAUCCGCUUUGCGCAGAGCAUCGUGGCAACGGGGCCCACGCACCUGUGGCUGCCGCAACUGUUCUCGGAGAUGCAGGACUUUGUCAAGUUUGACAUUCUCUCUGCACACGAGCGCCUGGACAGGCUGUGGUCAGAGGUGUUCGCCAGCGCGCUGAAGCGCAGCGCAAGCACGGCCUCGUCACGGUUCAGUCGCGCUUCUGUGAACCAAACGGCCAGGCCAUCGGUCAUCCUGUCACGCGGCAGCUCCACGGCGAGCCUGGCCAGUCACCGCACGUCUGAGGCGGCACCAGACAACACCAUGAUGGCCACGGCAGCGGCUGCAGCAACAUCCACAUCCACAUCAACAUCAACAUCAACAUCAACGCGGGGUGCGCGUGCGAGGCGCGUGCGUGGGCGACCGCGAGCAUCAGCCGCCAACGCCGCAUCAUCAUCAUCAUCAUCGUCGUCGUCAUCAUCAGCGGCGGCACUCAAGCCAGUACCUCUUCCGUCGGGGCUGCAGGACUACUUGACGUCCCAGCUCAUUGACUGGCUCAACGACCACACGGGCCAGGCGCUGUGCGCUGCCGUGCAGAUUCUGUGGCAGAACCACAUCAAGACAUGUCUUGGUGGCGCCCGCACCACGCGCAAGAAGCAGGUGCAACGGUACAGCAGCGCGUGGCAGACGCUGGUGUGUCUGCUGCCUGAUCUGCGUGAUGCGCUGUGGGCGCGGCACGACGGCGACUACGGCCUUGCACUCGCAAAGUGGGAGGCGCUGUCGGUGUGUGCGCAGGCAGCGGCCGGCCAGUGGCGCACGCUCGUGGAGCAGAAGGUGCACCGGCUUGACCACGUGUCGCUGCAGCUGCUGCUGCGAAUGGAUCUGGACGAGGACGACCAGGUGCUGAUUGAGCAGGCGUCGGUCGUGCUGCCGCACAGCUACGAGUACUACACCCAGCACGGGCCCUUUGUGCUCACAACGACAUCGGACCGCGACCUGCUUGGCAUCAUGCUUGCCUUGACGAGCGGAUAUGGCAUCAACAUUCACCUGCCCGGCCGCGGCGCCGCCAGCAGCACCCCGGCAACGACCAUGCAAAGCGCACUCACCAAACUCUGCGGCAGGCAAGCCAUGGUGGUUGACUGCACGCCCCACACGCAGCUUGAAGUUGUGUCUCGCCUGUGCGUCGGUGCAGCCGCUUCUGGCGCGUGGAUCUCGUUCAGAAACAUCCACAUGCUCGAGGACUCGUGUCUGGCGUUGAUUUGCCAGCACAUUACCAACAUUCGGCGCAGUUUGCAACAGCAGCUGAAGACAUACACGUGUCGUUCAAGCGCGCACAUUCUGUCGCCAAACGUGUGCUUCUUCAGCCAAACACACGUGCACUUUGACCAAGACGUGUCGCUUCCCACCUCCUUCAGAUCACUAUUCAGGAACGUGUCUGUCUCUGUGCCGGACGUGAGUGCCAUCUCACAGGCGUCGCUCGGGCUGCUGUUUCCGCCGCACUUUGUGCCGACAUUGUGGCAGUCCCUGCGUGCCAUCCUUGACCUGGUCGCCAGCGCAACCGCCAUCGCACCGCCUGCGCUGGAGACAGGAGGAGACGGCCCGACAGCUGCUGGGAACAACACAGCAGACGCCACCAAAGACGCAACCACGUCAACUGGCCUCUCCACCAACAGCAGCAACAGCAGUGGCAGCAACGGCUCUCGGCAGCGGCCUGUUGCGCUGCUGCAGCUGAAGCUGGCGCAAGCCAUCUGCAAGCUGUGUGCGGCGUGGGUUGUGCCUGGUGAGGAAUCACUGCUGCCCACACGACGUGCCCUCGCUGCUCUCACGGGCUCGUCUGAACCCAUCCACACGCACCACCACCACCACGUAAACCAGCAGCACCACCAGCAGCUUCAUAACCACCAACACACGCACCACCAAUAUCAGCAGCAGCAGCAUCAGCAGCGCCAAGGGCCCGGUCGCCAGGGAACGGGGCGGGCGUCGCUCUCUGUCCCGCUCGACCGCAGCCCAACACGGCCCCAGUUCAAGAGCAGCAACAGCAUUGGCGACGGUGGUGGUGCGCAUCACACGCAACCCCACGCACACGCGCACAGUCACGCACACGCGCGCAUGCACAGCAUGCAGAGUGUGGAAUCGUCCUCCAUCUCGCCGCCGCCAGCCGUCGCCGUGCAGUCGCAGCCGCGUACACGCGCGCACACACGCGCGACGCGCUCGAGCAUUGCCGGCCUUCAACGGCGGGACAGCGUGCGCAACGUGCGGGCGUGGGACGGGGGCAGGCGGCGAUCAAGCUCGUUCUUUGGCAUGACUGGUGGGCACCGCUCAUCCGUCAUGACAGCAACGGCUGCCCUCUCUAUGGGAGAGGCAUGCUACUUGCUGCGCGAUGCCGCGUUUGUUGUUCUCAUGAGCGAAUUUGGCAUGGAAAGCAACCCGUCGGCACAGAGCCUGCUGUCAACCCUCCUCCACGCGUGUUUCGCUGGCGUCCUUCCCGACCCGUCGUCGCCGGCAGCGCUGACACCGUCUCCGCCACCACCGCACUCCUCGGCGACACACGCGGGUGCAACGACGUCACCGACACCACACCUCGAAACCAUUGCUGAGGGCGAUGGAGACUCGAGCACUGACGUUGAAGCAGGUGUGAUGGGUCAGAAAAUCACGGGUGCACCCACCGCUACCGCCACCGUCACGACGACAACGACUGCCUCUGGAGAAACACAGCAGAAGACUGAUGAUGAUGGUGUUGAACCGGCUGCCGACAGCAACGCGUCCACCCCAGACAGCGUGCAGUCGCAACAACAACAACAACAACAACAACAACAACAACAACAACAACAACAACAACAACAACAACAACAACACCAAAAGAAGAAGACGAAAAAAUUGCUCAAGUGGCCACUGGCUGAUAAUGCGCACUAUCGCUUCUUCCGCGCGCGGCUUGCAUUCGCUGCGCGCCGGCUCGGUGUUGUGUGCAACGAUGCUGUGACCGCCGCAGUGAUGGCACUGGACGUGGCGGCGUCGUUGCACCAGUUUGUUGUAGUGACGGGUGACAUCUGCUCCGGCAAGACAACCAUCGUUAACCUGUGGAAGGCAUACACGCGUCGCACCAUCUCCCCACCGGUCAUGAUCUAUCGCCGCGUGUUUGUGCACGCGCUCAGCAACAGCUCGCAGCCUUUCUUCACAACGGGCAGCACGGCUGGCCUGCCGAAUGCAUCGACAGCAGCGUCAAAGGCCAAGGGCGCGCGCAUGUCGCAAGCAGCCGACGUGGCGGCAGCAGCAGCAGCAGCAUCUGCACGUGCGGGCGGUAAAGGCGCACACGCACACAAUCGCCAGCGUGGCUCUGGUGGCGUGUUUGGCGGUAUGGGGCCGGCGCAGCAGCAGCAGCAGCAGCAGCAGCAGCACGGGGUGCAUAAACGCAGCGACGAUGCGAAGAAGGAGUCGGAAGACUUGCAAGGCGGCUUGACGAGCGGUGAUGAGGCCGCCAGCCGCUCGGGCGUGAGCGAUGCCGCUGUGCAGCUGUAUCUUCUUGCAGCAGCAAUCGAGCGCGUCAAGGAGCAAACGGAAUCCGCAAUGACGCAGCGCGAGGCACAAAAAUUCAUGCCAAGCGUGAUGCUGAGCGCAGGCAGGCGCAGGAGCACAAACACGUCCGCACGCACUUCCACCCUUGACCUGCACGCCGCUCACAGCAACGAUGGCAAUGAUGACGGUGACCGUGAUGAGGGUGAUGGUGAUGGUGAUGAUGAUGGUGAUGAUAAUACGCCACCACGUCGAUCAAGACGACGACGCGUGUCGUCCAUUUCGUCGCCAGUAUCCCUUUCGCCGUCGCCAGGGCGUGACGCUGACGGCGAUGGUGGUGGUGGUGGUGGUGGUGGAUCGCCCUCACGGUUGAGGCGUAACAUGCUCGUGCGCCAGCGAACGGUUGUGGGAGAAGCGGGUGGGCACGAUGGGCACGGUCACAAACACUCCGAUGGAGCCGACAACACCGACGACGAUGUUGAGGGAGAUGGCGGUGGGGAAAGCACCUUUGAUACCGUGCUCGAUGGGCUGCACAUGACGUCUGAUGAUGAUGACGACGACGACGACGACGACGACUUGGAUGACGAGAACGAAGUUGCGAGUGUGUACAUCGCAGACGUUGACGACACGCCACCAACAAUAACGGGCGAAGGCGAUGAUGUGACCUCUUCUUCGGACAAGGAAGAGCCGCUUGUCAUUUUGCACGUGGACGUGCCCGAUAUGCAAGCCUGGCGUGAAUUUCCGAUUGUGGUGAGCGAUGGGUUUGCGCAACUGCAGCUGCCGGACGGCCAGCGCGUUGACAUCCCUGGAUACAUCAAGAUUGUGCUGGAAGUGCCAGACUGUGGGUGCGGGGGUGAAGACGAAACCAGUGGCGAUCAGGGUGGUGAAAGGGCAGGGGUUGUUGUUGUCAAUCACAACAGCAGCGAGAGCCACAAUGCGCGCGUUGGCGCUGGCGCUGCUGCUGCUACAGACACGAACACGAGUGUAGAUGUAAACUCCGAGCGCACUCGCGCCAACAACAACAACGAUGACGACGACGACGGCAGCAUGAAGAUGGGACUGCCGCUGGCGUGGUCAACCCACCUGCCCAUGACCGAUGAUCUUCCUCAGGUCACGGUGUCGCUGCAUGUGCACACGUGGCUGAAUGAUCUGCUGUACAUGAUGCUCACGCGGAGUGUGCGCCACAGCAGCGUGUGCGUGCAAGCGGUGCGUGCCGAGCACACCAUGCCGCGCGUGAACAGCUUCCAGCGCAGCGCCUCAUUCGAAACGCACCCCCAUCUCCGACACCAUCAUCCUCAGCAUCCUCAGCAUCCACAGCACCACCACCACCAACAACAACAACAACAACAACAACAGUCGCAGCAGCCGCAGCACCACCGCCGCCACCAAUCACACAGCGACCACCCCGGCCAUGCCCGCGACUCACAACGCUCUGCGCGACAGAACCGUCAGCAACAGCAUCAACAGCAGCGGCACGCGCGCAACCGCAAGGCACCAACCAUGACGCCACGGCAGUAUCUGAGCCAGAUGUCGCUGCACUUGUUCAAGCAGUCACAGCCGCUGCUGCGAGCGCUGCUGGACGCGUUGGCGGCAACAACGGGGCGGCGCACGCUGAGGAACGACGAGUGUAUGCACAUCACCAUGUCUGUCUGUGCCAUCACCAUGGCGUACGUGAGCAAACUAAUUGAGAUGGGCGUGCUCAAUGUGGCAGCGCCGGCUGCGACCUGCUCCGUCCUGUAUGCGCGCAUCGCCCUGUUUGCGUGCCUGUGGUCCGUUGAUGCGCUCUCGUUUGAGCGCGCCGUGUCCAGCGAGCACGUGCGCCGCCUGCGCCACGCGUACCAGGCCGCCGUGGAGAAGGUGGUGGCCAAGCGAAGGCUGGCCGGUGUGACGGAGAACGACAUCAGCGCGGGCGUGUUUGACAUGUAUUUGGACGCCACGUCGGGGCUGCUUCGCCCGUGGCACACCAACACGCUGCAGGUGGUGGAAGGUGUGGUGGUGACCGGGGACUUUAUGCGGGCGCAUCUCCUGUCCACGCUGCUCGCCGACGACGACGCCUCGCUCGUCCUUGUUGGAGAGCAGGGCACGGGCAAGUCGACACUCCUGGCGUCACUGGCCCAGCUGGCACUCGCGCGCCGCGUGCACGAUGAGGCGGAGGAUGAGCUUGCGGGCACGGGCACGGCGGGGCCUGGCAGCGUGGUUGGCGACGGCGGUGACUCAGCAGCGGUUCCAGCGGCGUCCGCCUCCGCCUCGGUCAUCACUUCACCUUCCGGAUUGGGAAGGCCGCGCCGUGCUGCGUCGACACGCAGCGAACGAGCCAGCGUGACGUCACCGGCCAAGACGGCAUCAUCUACACGCAUGACGUCUCCAGCAAACGCACGUGCAUCACGACUGGGCAGCGCGGGGCGGGCAGCGUCUGCGGCAACAGCUGGCGAUGCGUCCACAACGACCGGCGGUGGCAACGCGGUGAACCAAGGCGCGCGCAACAAGCAGGUGGCCGUGCUGAGCCAGGCGGUCACGCUUGGGGAGCUUGAGCUGUGCCUGCGCCGUGGACCCGACGGCGAAUCGCGUGUGCGGCGCGCGCCGAGCGAGCCAACACACCACUGGCUACACCGGGUCAUUUCGCAGGACAUGGUGACGUCGUUCAACGACCUCACGCCGCGGCCGCAACAGCGGUUUGUCACGUUCUACGUGGAUGACAUUGCAUGGAGCGGCCACAGCACCGCCCAGCAGCGGGCCCGGCUAUUGCAGGCGGAGAUGAUGGACGAGAAGGAGCAGCAACAGCAUUCACAACAGCCACAGCAAUCGCAGCAGCGGCCACGACAGUCACCGUCACAGCAGCAGCAGCAGCAGCAUGUGGCAUCGCCUGCCCAGAUGACGCAACAGUCGCAGCAGGAGCUGCUGUGGGAGGCGAUUCGCCAGAUAUUCGAGACGCGCCGCGUGCUCACACCAGACAUGACCAUGGCCACCUUACGCAAGACAGACUUUGUCUGCGUGGCGGAUGCGGACGUUGUGCGGGAGAGCGUGCAGUUCCGCCGCGUGUGUCGCCGUGCCGUGUGCGUGUGCUUGGCGCCACUGACACACGACCAGCUCAGCAGUCUUCUGCAGCACCAUCUCCACGCUGCCCUGCGCAAGGAGAAGCACUUGCAGCUGCUUCAACAGAGCGCACUCGGCACAGGUCCCGUUGCCGCGACUGUUGCUGGUGGCGGUGUUAUUCACCACCACACACAGGCAUCAACUGCUGCAGCAGGGUCGCGUGCCACGAGCCCGCGCAGCGCCAAGCAGGCGGGCAUGCACGUGCGCUUUGGAGGACAGAGUGUCGUUGUCUCAGAUGCAACAACGGCAACAGGUGGAGACGAGGGCGCCGAUGGUGGCGCUGGUGCUGAUGACAGCGGCGGUGAUCGGGACCCAGCCGUGCAGAAACAACAGGAAGUGCAGGACACGGUCGUGUGCCUGUUGUGCGACAUUGCAGUCACAUUGCAUCAUCUCCAAGCUCGCGUGACGGUGCAUGAUAUUGUUCGUCCGGACACCAGUCGCCUCGUGCAGAUGACAACGCUCAACACCGCGUCCACCAGCUACCGCCACCUGCUUGCAUUCGUCCCUUCACUUCUUGAGGUUGCACUUGAGUUCAGCCGAACGGGCCACGUGGACACCGCUGUCCUGUAUUCGGAGCUGUGGGCCCACUUUGGCACUACCAUCUGCCGCAACCUCUUCCACACUGCACUCGGGAACACCAACGCUGCAUCGUCAUCGUCCUCCUCCUCCUCCUCCUCCUCAUAUCCGUCAGCACCAUCCGAUCGUCGGAGCAGCAGCAGCAGCAGUAGCAGCAGUGCCCGCGGUGGCCUGCGACCUGCGCUCCUUCGCACUGAUACGCUUGGCAGCAACGCGAGCGGUGUUGACAGCCUCGCUGAUGAUUACGAGCAGAGCAGCAGCGGUGGCGGCAGUGGUGGUGACGGUGUGGCGUCAACGACACGUUGGUCGCUUGCGCUACCGCAGACGCUUGCCAGCAAGAAGGCGCAGCAGCUGCGGGCAAAGCUUGAGGUGUCCGUGUUCCGCCUGAUUCGGCGAGUGGUUGAGACAUCGACCAAGCACAUGGCCGGCAACGCCCCCCUAGCAGCCGCACUCUCAGCAUCGACUGGUAGUGGCACACCGGGCGCCGCACUAGCAGCAGCAUCGUCGCCGCUGUCCACCGCUCCGAAACAUCAGCACCAACAACAUCAGCACCAGCGGGUGGUGUCUGAGGGCCCGCGCACGCGGAUGCUGAACAGCGGGGUGGAGGUGUUCUACUGCAAAUUGCCGGCGGGGCAGCAGCAGUCUGGCCUUCGCCUUCAUCUCGGGUCGUUGUCCAUGUUCAAGGAGAAGCAGCUUGCGCGCAUGCUGCACCGGUCGUCGCACGGCCACCACCGCAGCCUGCUCAAGCGCCAGACGCUUGCCGACAUGCGUGUACUGGCCAUGGAUAUGCAGUCCAACGCAAGGCUGUCCGUCGGGUCUGCGCGUGGCGGGAGUGGCAAGAUACAGCACAACCGCCACCUGCUGACGCUGUUCCCAGAGGCGAUGAGGACGGCAACGGCGCUGCUGCGGUGCCACGUUCUUGGCCACCGCCACACGCUCGUCGUCGGACCAGCCGGCAUCGGCCGCACGACGCUUGCUCGGCUGUCUGCUGCCAUGUACAACUUGCCGUUCUUCUCCGUGGCGACAGGCGGCACCCUCAGCAGCAACGAGACGCGCACCAGCGCUAGUGCAGGCGCCCGCCGCCAGCACGGACGCGACGGCGACUAUGGCAACAACGGCACAGGGGCUGCAGCGCAGGACUUGUCACACGGCUCGCCCACACUGCUGUCAGACAUGUCGCGUCUUGAGGAGACGCUGGUGGCGAUGGCCGCCAUUCUCGCGCGCUGCUGGCUGGCGCGCCACGACAAGGACGCAAUGCCCGUGGAUGCGGCCUCCGCGGAGCGCCAUCCCAUGCACGUCACGCGCGCACCAGCUGGCGUUGUUCUCUUUGUCGAAUACGACGACCUUUUGCAGGACCGCGCACUGACGACGGUGACAACGCUUCUUCGUGGGGGUGAUGUGUUUGAUUGCGUGUGUGCCGCUGCACGCGCACGUGUGCUGCACGAGUUUGAGCAAGCCCUGCUCGCAGGCAUGAACAGCCGCGGGGGCGACAAGCCCACCGCUGCUUCCCGCGCCAGCGCAAGCACGCCACCAGCCAGCGACGGCAACGGCAACGGCCCGAGCAACAGCCUCAUCACCGUGACGGACACGUCGUCAACCGCGACGUCGCCAACGGGAGGAGCCGCAGCAACGACAGGAGGACGAAUGACGUCCACGGACCACAGCGGCAGUGGCGGCGGCAGCGCGGCAACGCUUGGUAUGCUGCCCACGUUGUUAGAGGACGCACGACAGGCGUUCACGGGGAUGGUGCGCGUCAUCCUAUCUGUCUCGGAACGCGAUCUUGAUUCGCUGCAGAGCGAACUGGAGGCGUGCAAGGCCGUGGAUAUGGUCAACACCGUGCACGCGUCCCCCUGGCCAACGUAUGCGCUGGAGCGCGUGGUGCAGAAGGCGAUUAUGGACGAUGAGCGAAAGCAUGCCAGCACCGUCGUGGCCGAGCUUGUUGCAGAGGAGAAGAAGCAAUUCGAGGAGUGGGACGAGGAGGAUGAGGCUGCCAAGCGCAAGUCGCAGCAAGGCACAGCAGCAGCGGAGAACACGUCUGAUGGCGGUGGUGUGGUUGACACGGUUGAGUCGCUUGCGUCAUCGCGAGCUGCGAGUGCACGCACGCCCACCACCACGGGCCGCAGCGACGCUGACGGGGACGCACGGCACCAAGAUUUGCUUGCAGGCACGCGUGUUCUGGACUCGGCGCUCGCGGAGCAGCUCUCACGCACCAUCAUGACGAUGGUAAUGCACUUCCUGGACACGUGCAGCAGCUGCGGGUUCCACGAGCUUGCCGGGAUUUUUGAAUCGCUGCAGACCAUUUUUCUGAAGCGCGCGGCGCGGGAGUUUUGCGCUCUUCGACGCCAGAAAACGACCGAGUAUCUUCUCACGCGCAGUCGCCUCAAACACGCGUGUGCAUGCAUCGAGCGGGUGACAAUCAAAGUGCAGAACAUGGAGUACGACUUGCAGCAGACGAUUGUGCGGCUGGGCGAAGAAAAGAGGACCACGGAUGCGGUGCGGGUGCAGCUGAGCGACCAGUAUGAACUGCUACAGGGCCAGCUCUCCGUCCUGCAGUCCGAGCAGGCGCGGGCGAAGGCCGUGUCCAGCGAGUACAAGGCCGCCGUGGCCGUGGCCGACAAGCAGCUGUCUACCGCCACCCAGCAGCUGCGUGAUCUCGAGCCCGCCAUCAGUCAGAUCACAAAGCCGCGCCUUGCCGAGAUCCGCAUGUACCAGCGGCCGCCCAAGCCCGUCAUGGCGCUCGCCAACGCCAUCUGCCUCAUGUUCCGCAAACCCAUGGAGUGGUCCAGUGCACGCACGCUCUUCGCCGACGCGGACUUUGUCAAGAACGUGCUGGAGUAUAAGCGGGACGGCGUGUCGGAGCGCCUGGCCAUGCGCCUGCACGACCAUACGCAGAGCCCAGACUUCUCGCUGGAGGUGAUGCGGAACGUGAGCAUGGCGUGCGAGACGCUGUGCGCGUGGGUGCUGGCUGUCGACCGCUACUGCCAGACGCGCAUCAAGCUCAGGCCGCAGCGGGUCAAGGCGGAGAAGCUGCACGCAAAGCUCAAAGAGCAGCAAGCGGUGGUGGCCAAGGUGCAGGCGGAGGUGGACGUGUGCAAGGCGCGCUGUGCCGAUGUGCAGGCCAAACUCAGCAAGCACGAGCACGUCAUCCAGCAGCUGGAGCAAUCGGAGGCCGACACCAAGGCGCUGCUGCAGCACGCCAAGCACCUGCUCACGCUGCUGGCCCGCGCGCAGGAGUCGUGGCUCUCCCAGUCGCAGGACGUGGACAACAAGCUGCGCUUCCUGGACGCCGACUGCCUGCUUGCCGGCCUGACGCAGGUGUGCCUGCCAGAGUGCCCGCCCGAGGUGCGAACGGCCGUGUUCUCUCGGUGGGUGAGCGACCUCACGGAGGCGCGCUGGUAUUCGCUGGAGGACCCGACGCCAACACGCAUCGAAGACAUCCUCAGCACACACGACCAGCAAGAGACGUGGUGCCGGCUGGGGCUGCCGCGCGACGCGUACCUGCUGCAGGGGGCGGCGAUGGCCUUUGCGUCGUCUGCGGACGUGCCGCUGGUGUAUGACCCCGACGGCUACUUCCACGCGCUUAUGGAGGCGGUGAGCCAGUUCUCGUCCCACACCACGCUCAGUGCAAACCACCCGGAGUUUCAGCUGCGCGCAACGCAGGCGCUGCUGGACGGGCGGGCGCUGAUUGUGGUGGACGUGGAGGUGCCGCUGCAGCCGCAGGUGGUGGCGUUUGUGGAGCACAUGGCGGAGGUGCAGGCGAAGCAGCGGCACGCGGCGGCGGCGCAGUCAACCACCAUCAUCCAGCAGACCAUCACCGCCAACAAGCGAAGGCGCGCACAGCGGCGUCGGAGCAGAGGUGACACCAACACCCGCAACGAUGGCGACGGUGAUGGUAAUGCUGAUGCUGACGGUGAUGGUGUUGAAGAGCAGCAGCAACAGCCAGGCGAUCAUGGAAACAGCGCGUCCAAGAAACAGCAACAGCAGCAGCAGCAGCAAGAUGUUGAGGUGAACACGUUCCUGAUCACGCGGUCGCCGCUUCAGGAGCUGCAGCUGGCACCGCGCAAGCUUGUUCGCGCCAUCCACUUCCAGGCGACGGCGGCAACCAUUGAGCAGAAGGUGCUGCUGGCCGUGUUGAAGAACCAGGGCUCGGCCCUGUACACGCAGGAGGUCUCUGUGCGGGCGGACGUGGCGCGGCUGCACCGUGAUCUGACGGAGACGAACGAGAAGAUGCUGCAGAGCAUCAUCGACAUUGACAUGGGCACGGUGCUGGAGGACGACGACCUCGUUGAGAGCCUGAACGAGUGCCACGACCACACGCGCCAGCUGCAGGAUGCCCUCAACCAGUGCGAGGUGAGCGAGCGCGCGCUGGUGCGGCAGCGGCAGGCGUACCAGCCGCUCUCGCAGCGCGGUGUGCAGAUCUACCGGUGGAUUGCGCAGCUGCAGCACAUUGACGCCAACUACCUGUGGCCGCUGGGGACGUACCUGCGGCUGGUGCGGGAGGAGCUGGAAGCGGACACGGAGCAGCGGCGGGAGCAGCAGGAGCGCAGGGCUGAGGAAGAGAGGGCGGCAAAGGCAGCAGCGCAGAUGGCUGCGGAGGAGGAGGAGGCACAGAGGGCCGUCCACAACCAUGGCGAGCACGAUGGACAUGAUGAGCACACUGCUGGUGGCGAUGGUGAUGAUGGUGAGAAGAGUGGUGUUGCUGGUGAGGGGUCGCGCCCUGUUUCAGGUCAGGCUCCGCCGCUUGGACCGAAGAUUGCGGUGGAGGACCACACGCUGGACGGCAGCAGUCCCGGCAGUCGCAGCAGAGGUGUCCGCACAGACGGUGGUGGUGAUCACGGUGACGGCCACAAGGCGGGAUACGGCAAUGAUACCAAAGAAAGUGCUGAUGCAUCAGCAGCAGAAGCGGCAACAGCAGGUGCCACUGCAGCCACUCACGCUGUAGGUGGUGGUGAACAUGGGGACACAUCGGCCUCACCCAAAAAGGAGCAGCAACAACAGCGAGAAGGUGGGCAGGACGCCGACGGUGAACCCGCUGCCAAUCAGCGCCCGAGUCAAGAUGCAAACCAACAACAAGAGCAACAGCAGCAGCAGCAGCACGAGCAGCAGCAGGACGAGUCACCCCCUGAUGUGGCGCGUCAGGGCAGCGGGGUGGAUGCCGAGCUGUCAGCGCGCAUUGCAGACAUUACGAAAUCUGUGACUGGCAUGAUUGUGAACAAGGUCCUGCGGGGCGUGUCUGGAAAACACGUGGCAGCUGCCCUGUAUUUGUUGGCGGAUGUUCUGACGCAAUCCACCGCGUCCUCUGCAAGCGCGAGCGCAGCGACGGCGGCCCUGCUUGUGGAUGAGCUGUACGAGAGCGCGCUGGACGCCUGUGAUGGCGGAUUGCGUGCAGGCAAAUCGGUUUGCCUCCCAUUUGACGUUGUGGCUUUUGUCAAGCGCAAGCGAGGCAUCACCACAGCAUCACCCGUCGGCGUUGGCAGUGGCGCCGAUGUUGACAACAACAGCGACAGUGGCAGCGACAGCGAUGAUGACGAUGGUGGUGGUUGUGGAGAUGGUGAUGGUGAUGGUUCGAGCCGUGACGACGGUGCUGGUGAUAAGAGCAGACGCAGCAGUGCGAGUAGUACAGCCACGACAAGCACCACGAGUACCAAGAGCAGCAGCGGUGCCAGCGAUGGCGGCAUUGCUGAGGCGUGGCAGGAAGUGCUGACGAGCGAGGAGCUUGCGGGCGUGAUUGCGGCGGUGCAAGGGUCACGGAGUGCACGAAAGCAACAGCGGCGCAGCGCCAAGGGCGAUGAUGGGCGUGGUGGUGGUGGUGGCGAUCGUGGUGUGAGCCCGGAUGCUCAGCAGCCCCAGGCAGCUGGGAAUGCGGGGACCAUGAUGAAACGUCUGCGGCGGCUGCCUGCAAGCACGAAAACACUGCUGGCUUGCCUGCAUGCAGUGCUGCACAGCUCGCAGCCUGGCCUCAUUCCUCAUCUGACCGGCUGGCUCAUCAACGCGCGUCGCGUCGCGGUCCCCAAGCAAGGCAGUGACAACAACAACAACAACAACAACAACAACAACAACAACAACAACAACAACAACAACAACAACAACAACAACAACAACAACAGCAGCAGCAACCCCACCACCGCAACAACCCCACCUGCGGCAGCAGCAACAACAACCUCAGCCACAGGCACAGUGGCGCCGGGAGCAACUGGGCAGCGAACGGCUGCACGGACGAGGACAAAGGCGGGUGCACGAUCAACACUCUCUCGCCAAUCACCGCGACCACCACCAACGCCACGCACGCGUGCUGCGCGGGACCGUGCCGUUGGCGAUGGAGGUGACAGCCACACCACCACCAACUCCAUAGGGGACCGCGAGCAGCGCCGUAGACGAACACCGUCGCCGUCGUCGUCUCGACAAGGGCUGAUGAUUGACGAGGCGACGGGCCGGGUUACGGGCAGGCUGCCGCUACGCAUCCUGACGUCGGUGCCUGUGCGGGUGGCCAUGCUGGUGGUUGCGUCGCUGUUUGAGGAGAGCACGGUGGCCGGCCACGCGGCAGAGCUGAUUCGCGCGUCGCUGUCGCAGGCGCUGGACAUCAAGCGACUGCGCGUGUCGAGCACGACCAGUCUGCUGGGCAAGGUGCACCUUGAGCGUGGCUGCACGCAGCCGCUGGUGCUGGUUGAGGACGAUGCCGAGACGCUGCCUGUCGGGGCGUGGGUGAUCAACGAGGCCAAGCAGCAUUCCACGUCCCGCCGCGUGCGCGAGAUCUUCACGGGCGCACACGAGCAGGAGUGGGUGCUGUCCGGCAUCUCCAGCGCGACGACGCGCGGGGACUGGGUGAUCACGCACGACGCGCACCGCUUCCCGGCGUUGCUUGCACGCAUCGAAGCGCUUGCACGCGCGUGGCAGACGGGAGAGCUCCAGCGCCACGAGCGGCCCUCGGCAACGGCGCGGCUGUGGCUCAUCUGCAACGCAAGCUAUGCCCUACCUGCAAGCUUCCUCAGCAUCACCACGCGCGUGCACAUGACGCCCUUACCGGACUUCCAGUACCGGGUGGGCGCGCUGUUCCUGGGGGCGUGUCGCGACGUGAUCAAGCUGUGCAGCGGCGAGGGCUCGGCGACCAACACCAACACUGCGCGCGGCACACGCCCGCGCCUUGGUGGCGGGAGCACCGCCAGCUCGCGCACCAUCACGCGCGGGCUGGGGAGCAGCCUUGCGCGCCGCCGCAACCGCAGCGUGAGUGCUGGUGCUGCGGAUGGCAACAGCAGCAGCGUUGGCGGCGGUGGCGUCGGCGUGGGUGGCAGCGGCGGGAAUAACGCGGCCAGCAGCAGCACUACUGCAACGACAAGCAUGUCGGGGCUGUCGACCGGCACUGGCGGCGGCCUGACAGCGGCGUCUGCGUCGUCGCUGCGGCUCGGGGGCAGUGCCGGCGGCCUGAGCUCAGCGGGCGGAGUGUCGCUGACGGCGACGUCACUCGUCACGCGCAUGGCCUUGCAGAUGAUGGACAUUCAGUCCAUGUCAGCGUCACAGAAGCACGUUCUGCUGCGCCUUCUGUUUGGCGUGAGCUGUCUCCACGCGCGCCUUGAGCUACGGGCGUACGCGCGUGAGGCCGGGUGUGCUGUGUCGCCUGGUGGCGCCUCCUCCUUGUCGGCGACGGCGGCGGCAACAGCUGCUGCUGCGGUGCAACGGAAGCAGCGCGGCAUCCUGCCAAACUUCACACACGUACGCGAUUUCAUUGUGAGCGUUUUCCUCGGCAACCCGAGCAGCCAUCAGACGGCGGCGGUUGUGGUCGAGGACGUGCUGUAUCGCGAUGCGGGCGUGCAUGUGGACUGGGAUGUCCUGUGCAGCAGCGUUGUGCGACACAAGGGCGCCAUCAGCGUGUUCAAGGAUACUGAUGAGGUGCAGAUUGCAGCCACCGUGGGCUCGCGCUCGGAGUAUGCCAGUACCAUUGCGGAUCUGCCCAAACGUGUUGACGCCUCGCCCCUCAUCUCCGUUCUCGACAUGUCCACAGACUGAGGGAGGGGUGUGUGCGUGUGUGUGUGUGUGUGUGUGUG